AUGAAAGUAGCAACGCUGCAGUUUGCCCCUCGUUUGGGCGAUGUCGAUGGCAACAUCAAAAGAGCCAAUGAACUGCUCAAGGACGGGAAGGUAGUGCGGGGCGUUGGAAUUGGGGUUGGACUUGAUCUCCUGAAGCCGGAUGUUUUGAUUUUGCCCGAGUUGGCCUUGACGGUGCGUCUUAGCCUGGAGCUCUUACCUCUACCGACACCCUUUUGGAUUCCUUUCGCCCCCGGAAUUUUCUACGCAGCACGGUCAUUAAUUCGACCAGGAUACAACUUUCCCUCGUUGGAGGCUAUAAGACCCUUCCUUGAGCCCGUUGGACAAGGUCCUUCAGCGCAGUGGGCUCGAGAAACGGCCAAACGCUUACAGUGCAAAGUCUGUGUGGGCUAUCCGGAGAUUUACACAGAAAAUAGUGCCCAACAGGCUGAUUCAACUAACCCCACGGAGACUUGCUACAACUCCCUGCUGGUGGUGGACGAAACUGGUGACAUCGUCCUAAACUACCGUAAAUCGUUUCUAUACUACACGGAUGAGACGUGGGCGGCAGAGGGCAACCCGCAGCAAGGCUUCCAUCAGCUCUCUUUCCGAAACUCAAAUCAAAGCUCGGUGGAGUCCCAGAUAGCUACCUCUUUCGGCAUCUGUAUGGACAUCAACCCAUAUCGAUUCGAGGCUCCCUUUACUGCCUGGGAGUUUGCCAAUCGGGUCCUGGAUACGAAGUCUGAGCUGGUCAUUCUUUCUAUGGCUUGGUUGACCUUGUUGGAGCGGGACGAGCUCGACUCGCUUGCUGAUGAGCCGGACUUGGACACGUUCAACUACUGGAUCCAGCGAUUUAUGCCGCUUAUCAGGAAGAAGAUGGGCCAUGAAACCAACUUCGAUAGCGAUGAUGCUAAUCGCGGAAAGAAGAUCAUCAUUGUGUUUGCAAAUAGAGCCGGAGAAGAACCGGGUGCCGAAGGGACGAACCCAGCUCGGUAUGCGGGCACGAGUGCUAUCGUAGCAAUCACACAGAAACCACCAUCCCGUACAUCAGGUAAGAAAUCUUCUUCUAAAGAAGGAGACCCUGGUGACGAUACGGAUGCCGCUGAGACAGAUGCACCGUCAUUUGAUACGAAAAUCCUGUGUUGGGAUAUGAUGGGUGCGACGACGGAAGGUAUUUGUUUUGCCGACACUACGGCAGACCCCAGCAUGGUGUUUGGAUUGGUCAAAGCUUCAUAA